AUGUUAAAAAUACUAUUUUUUUCCGUGUGUCUAUUGACCACUCUCGUUUUCACAAAAGCAGAUGAUGCGAAGAAAAAAGAGGAUGUCGGAACCGUCAUUGGUAUUGAUCUUGGAACAACAUAUUCGUGCGUCGGCAUUUUUAAACAUGGUCGUGUGGAAAUUAUUGCCAAUGACCAAGGAAAUCGUAUCACACCAUCUUAUGUUGCAUUUACAACCGAUGGUGAACGUUUAAUUGGUGAUGCAGCCAAAAAUCAGUUAACAUCAAAUCCGGAAAACACAGUUUUUGAUGUCAAACGUUUAAUUGGACGAGAAUACAGUGAUCCAACGGUACAACAGGAUAUAAAACAUUUUCCAUUUCAAGUUGUAGAAAAAAAUAGUAAACCUAUCAUUAAAAUAAAUACCGGUAAUUCCGAAAAAAUGUUCGCUCCCGAAGAAAUUAGUGCUAUGGUAUUGGGAAAGAUGCGUGAAAUAGCUGAAGCAUAUUUAGGAAAAAAAGUUACGCAUGCUGUUGUCACAGUCCCCGCUUAUUUCAAUGAUGCACAACGACAGGCAACAAAAGAUGCUGGAACAAUCUCUGGCCUAAACGUAAUGCGAAUAAUCAAUGAACCAACAGCUGCUGCCAUAGCUUAUGGAUUGGAUAAAAAAGAAGGUGAAAAGAAUAUAUUGGUCUUUGAUUUGGGAGGUGGCACGUUUGAUGUCUCUUUGUUAACAAUCGAUAACGGUGUAUUUGAAGUCGUUGCAACUAAUGGAGAUACUCAUUUAGGUGGUGAAGAUUUUGAUCAACGCGUUAUGGAACAUUUUAUCAAAAUAUUUAAAAAGAAAACAGGCAAAGAUGUACGUAAAGAUCAUCGUGCAGUACAAAAAUUACGUCGUGAAGUUGAAAAAGCAAAACGAACAUUGUCAAGCCAACAUCAAACAAAAAUUGAAAUUGAAUCAUUUUUUGAUAAUGAAGAUUUUUCAGAAGCUUUAACACGUGCUAAAUUUGAAGAACUAAAUAUGGAUCUAUUUCGUUCGACAAUGAAACCAGUACAGAAAGUAUUAGAAGAUUCAGAUUUGAAAAAAACUGAUAUUGUUGAAGUUGUUUUGGUUGGUGGUAGUACUCGAAUACCAAAGGUACAACAACUUGUCAAAGAAUUUUUCGAUGGCAAAGAACCAUCACGUGGUAUUAAUCCAGAUGAAGCUGUUGCUUAUGGUGCUGCAGUACAAGCUGGUGUACUAUCGGGAGAAGAAAAUACCGGCGAUUUAGUAUUGUUGGAUGUUAAUCCAUUGACAAUGGGUAUUGAAACUGUUGGUGGUGUUAUGACAAAAAUUAUUCCAAGAAAUACAGUCAUACCAACGAAAAAAUCACAAAUAUUUUCAACUGCUGCCGACAAUCAACCUACAGUAACCAUCCAAGUAUUCGAAGGUGAACGACCAAUGACAAAAGACAAUCACGUUCUUGGCAAAUUUGAUUUAACUGGCAUACCACCUUCACCUCGUGGUGUUCCUCAAAUUGAAGUUACAUUCGAAAUCGAUGUCAACGGUAUUUUGAAAGUAACAGCUGAAGAUAAAGGCACUGGUAAUAAAAAUAAUAUUGUCAUUAAUUCAAAUACAAACCGUUUGUCACCAGAUGAAAUUGAACGUAUGAUUAAAGAUUCAGAAAAAUUUGCUGACGAAGAUAAAAAAGUUAAAGAUCGUGUUGAUGCUAAGAAUGAAUUAGAAUCAUACGCUUAUUCCUUGAAAACUCAGUUGGCUGAUAAAGAAAAAUUAGGCGGAAAAUUAUCGCCAGAAGAUAAAGAAAAAGUUGAAAAAGCUGUUGAUGAACAAAUUAAAUGGAUUGAAGCAAAUCAACAGGCUGAAGUUGAUGAAUUAAAAGCACAUAAAAAGGAACUUGAAGAAAUUGUUACACCUAUUAUGACAAAAUUAUACGGUGGAGCUGGUGGUCCAGGAGGUCCAGGAGGUCCCGGUGGAGAAGCACCACCCCCUCCACAUGGUGGACACGACGAUGAUCUAUAA